AUGGCGUCGGACACCACAAACACAAAGAAACCUUCCAACUCGCUCAACCCAGCGAAUGCUGCGGCGGUGCAGCUGCACCCGGAGCUUCUAAUGGCCGCAAAACGCGGGGAUUGGAGCAGGCUAGAAGAUCUCAUGAACAAGGAAGGCGCAUUAGUGCCUGAAGUCUUGGUCGAUAUCGAUAUGGAGGAUGACGAGCCCCCGGCAAAGUGGACGCACACCUACGGGCCGGACUCGAUCCUCCACGUCGUCGCGUCUGGUGGCGACGGCGAGGCGUUCUUGAUGAGCGCAGGGGUGAUCUACGGCAAGGCCAAGCACCUCUUGGGCACGUGCAAUGCGAAGGGCGACACGCCCUUGCACUGUGCUGCCAGAAGUGGGAGCAUAAGAAUGGUCUCCCAUCUCAUCGACCUGGCCAGACGCGACGACGACGACGGCGCCGCAAGGGUGCAAGUGGCGCUGAGGAAGCAGAACAAGCAAGGGGAGACCGCCCUACAUGAGGCGGUCCGCUGGGCCGACGAGGAAAUGGUCGGUGUGCUAAUGUCGGCGGACGCGGAGCUGGCCCGUUUUCCGCGCACCAACGGCGAGGACGGCGCCUCGCCGUUGUACCUGGCCAUCUUGUUAGGACACGAUCAUAUCGCAGAGCUGCUGUACGAAAAGGACAACCAGCUAUCUUGCUCUGGACCAGAUGGACAAAACGCCUUGCAUGUUGCAGUUCUAAGAAGCAAAAGGAUGACGAAGAAGUUACUGGCGUGGAACAAGAACCUUAUCAAACAAGGAGACCGAUCAAGCGGAAGGACGCCUCUGCAUUUUGCAGCAUCAAGAGGAUCUGACACUAUGGCCAGGCUACUAUUAGAAGCUGACGAAUCUUCAGCAUAUCAGUCCGACAACAAUGGAUCAUUCCCUAUACAUAUGGCAGCCUUGGGAAAGAACCUUGCUGUCGUUCACGUCUUGCUGGAAAAGUGCCUCGACUGCGCCCAACUACGAGACGCCCAGGGCAGGACCUUCGUCCACAUUGCUGUCCACAAGAAAUGCAGCCUUUGGAGCAUUUGUUCUGUUUUAUUGCCAAGAAACCAUGACGCUUGUCAGGUGCGAAGGUUCGCAUCGAUCAUGAACAUGCAGGACGAUGAAGGCAACACCGCACUACACCUUGCUGCCAUGGAUGCGAGGCGCCGGACUAUACAUCCUUUAGUUUGGAACAAGGAAGUUGAAUUAAAUCUACAAAAUAAGAAAGGGCAAACAGCGCUGGAUCUUUCAGUGAGCAACAGGCCUCGAGGGGUUUCCUUUGCAUUGGAUCCAAAAUUUAGUACACAAAUGCUGCUAAAGAGUGCUGGUGCUAGAUUUGGUGUUCACCGAGGUGGCGAGAAGAAGCAUACCACUCCACUAAAUGUGAAGGAGGAGGCGAAGAAAAUCAAAGAUUCCGCAACGACCAUUGGCGUUGUAUCAGUGCUCAUCUUAACUGUUUCAUUCGCCGCAGCUUUCCAAUUACCUGGAGGAUACAAUAGUACGGGUGAUAAAUCGGCAGGUACACCGGUACUCACCAAGAAGUACUCGUUCCAGGCAUUCCUCGUGGCCAACACCCUCGCGGUUUUCUGCUCCAGCAUGGCCACCCUCUGCCUCAUGUACGCUGGACUGACCAUAUUUGACAUCCAGACACGCAUGACUGCCUUCGCCAGAUCCAUCGUCUUCCUCAACAGCUCAGCCCGUAGCCUCGUCGCCGCAUUUGCAUUCGGCACAUAUGCGGUGCUGGCUCCGGUUGCUCACGCAUCUGCUGUUCUUACAUGGCUGUUAACGGGUUUCGUGCUGCUUGACAUUGCUUGGAUCGCGUACAUCUUAGCCAAGGAUGAGUGGGUGCUUCUUAACAGGCAUGGUAUCAUGGCAUGCUGGAGAUUUGCAGGGUCGAUCAUGGGCUUCCCCCUCAUGGUACUGUGGCCGUACGUAGUGAUCGCCGGCUUCAUAGCAUAUACAAAGGUCCAUGGGAUUCAUUGA